CUGUCAAAUAGUUCUUUUCCGGUUUUGUAAACGACGAAGGAGAUAUUGAACAAUGGGCCGUUACUCACGUGAACCAGAGAACGCCACCAAGUCAUGCAAGGCACGCGGUCCCAACCUACGUGUGCAUUUUAAGAAUACACAUGAAACUGCACAGGCCAUCAAGCGUAUGCCACUACGUCGUGCCCAACGUUUCCUCAAAGCUGUCGUCGACCAAAAGGAGUGUGUACCCUUCCGCCGUUUCAAUGGUGGUGUUGGCCGUUGUGCUCAAGCCAAGCAGUGGAAGACCACACAGGGUCGUUGGCCAAAAAAGUCCGCCGAGUUUCUGCUGCAGUUGCUGCGCAAUGCUGAGGCCAAUGCCGAUUACAAAGGCUUAGAUGUUGACCGUCUGGUGGUGGACCAUAUUCAAGUGAACCGCGCUCAGUGUCUGCGUCGCCGUACAUACCGUGCUCACGGUCGCAUCAAUCCGUACAUGUCGUCGCCGUGCCACGUUGAGGUUAUCCUAACUGAAAAAGAGGAGGUCGUGGCAAAGACUAACGAUGAUGAGCCCACAAAGAAGAAGCUUUCCAAGAAGAAGCUGCAACGUCAAAAGGAGAAGAUGUUGCGUUCUGAAUAAAAUGUAUUCUGCGGUGGCCCCCAGCCACCCAGCAUAUGUCUUGUAAUGAAACAAUUUUUUUUUACAACUAAAAUAUGCGUGUGUGUGUAGUAUCAGUUGUAGAAGUUGGCGAAUACAACAUCAACGACUCGAGAAUUCAAUGUAACUUUUUUUUUUGCUAGGUCUUAGGAUGUGUAUUUAGAACAUGAGCGUUUCCCGUAGUCUCGGAAUAAAGAUAAUAGUUUUUAUUUCAUAAA